UGCUAGUUUUUUUUGGCAAUACCGAUUACUUUGUUGUUUAAAAAUUAAAAUUAUUAAUAUUGUAUUCGUUUAUUCUUCGUGAUAAACUCAUUGAUGUCUGCUUAGAAAUUCGUAAUUUACCGUGCUGAAUACAACAGUUUUGUUAGUAUGUAUUUUCGUAUUAUAUAGUAUAUAGUAAGUUAAUUAAGAAAUAAGAUUUAAGUAGUAUAAUAUAGUGUUUUUAAAAAAAUUGUCUCGAUACAGCCCGACGUGUAUUUUCUAAUCAUUUAGAUUCCGCGAUAUAUUAACUACAUUUAAAAAUGUUUCAAAAAGAAUUCCGGAUAAAGUCCAGCGCUGCCCUAAAAGGCGCAGAACAAAAGAAGUUAAAAUCUCAAAUUUUGAAGUCGUUCAACGUAACCGAAAAUCUUCUAGAGGAUUUUUUAAGCAAGCAGUUAACUCAAAUGAAAAUAAUUACGCACAACAAUGUCAUAAUGAAAUUGUAUUGCGUUCAAGACGUUGCAAUCCUGUUUGAACUUAAGGGGAAGUUGUAUCCAUCGUUAUUUAUGGUUUGGAAUUUUCCUAAUAUUGUUCCUCGAGUAAAGUUAAACGAAAACACAACUAUCAAUUUUGCAGUUUCUCCCGAACUCAAUUAUAAUAGUAUAAUUUCUAAUGAGCAAAUGUUGCGUUCUUUGCCUGUCGAGCAGUGCAUAAGCAUUUAUUCUAGUCAACAAAAAAAAGUUAUUGCCGUUGGUUGCACAAUGACAGAAGUAAGUCAAAUCGAAGACCUGGACAAUACUUAUAUAAACGUCCUACACCAUUAUGAAGAUGUACUUUUUCAAUCAUAUGUGAAGAAAAUAAUUCCCAAAACUGUUAAUGCGAUGGAAGAAGAAUUUAAAAACACUUUUAGCCUAAAUGAUGUUUCAUCAAAUGAUCAAAAACAACCGUCGACAGAAAAAAUGGACGAAACAAUAAUUGCGUGUUCAUUAAAUGCAUUAAAAAAUUCAGUGACUAAAGAGAUGUUGCCACUUUUAGCCAGUACAUUUUAUAAAAAAUUUGUUAUUCCACUUAGCCCUGAAGAAUUUGAGUUAGAUAUUAAAAAAACCUCGUAUAAAAAACUGUCUACUUUUCUUCAAUCGCUGGACGAGCAACGCAUUAUAAAAUUUACCGUGGGAAAAGACGGAAUUGCCGAAAUAACCCACAUUAAUUAUAGCAAUUCCAAGCUUGAAGAAAUUGAUUCACAGACUAGUGAAAAUCCCAAUGCCUAUUCGCCUCCAGUCAAAGAGACCUACGUUGUAACACCAGGAUUGCAUCCUCUCUUUUCAGAAUUUCUUUGCCGGAAAGGAGAUGAACUAUCAGUUCCUUCUGUUCGUAGAUAUGUUACUGAGUAUGUCAAAAAGCAUAGUCUGCAAGAUGCUACCGAUCCAUCUAAAAUCAAGACAAACGAAGUGUUACAAAAAAUAUUAUCUCAAAGAAAAGAUAAAUUACUAAUAUCGUUCAAGGACUUGAUUGACGAAAUUAUCAAACUAAUGCAUCGAACAGAAAUAUCGUGUUUGAAUACAGACUCGAAAAAAGCAUUGAAAAAGAAAAUUAACACAAUCGAUAUAGCUGUCAAUAAUCGAAGUGGCAAUAAGAAAGUCACAUUAGUAAAUAACUUAGAAAUGUACGGCGUUGAUCUUACCAAGUUUAGUAAAGAAUGUCAGCAUGGAGUCGCAGCUAGUACAACAAUUAAUGAUGUUCCGAAUGCACAAAAUAGACAAGUUCAAAUACAAGGUUGUCAAGUUCCGUUUGUUUUCAAAUUACUGACAGAUCAAUAUAAAAUACCUGCCAAGUACUUGCGAGGCCAUGAAAGUUACAUUAAUAAAAAAGCGAAAAAGUAAAAUACUAUCGUAGUAAUAUAUUGUGAGGUAAAAUGUAAACAACCACUAUAAAUAAAUAUCUUUUUGACGUCUAUUAUAUUU